AUCACUUCCUGUUUGACCCAGAAACACAUGUAUCUCUUUUGGAUGUUUUGAUGCCGCUACACGUUUGUUAACGACGUUAGUGAGAAGUUUAUUAAUCAUUAUUGAUCUACAGCGGACCUUUAAUCACACAGAACCAACACAUCUGGAGCACGAUCAAUGAUGAACCCAUGAAGACCCCCACUCCUUUGCUGCUUGUUUCUUGCUGCGCUUCACAAUGGCAGACGUGCACAGUUCUCUAUCUUGGACUCAAUCUGAUGCCCUUGCUGAGGUUGUAUCAGCGGAGUCAUGCCACAUCGUCCUAGAACCAUCCCCUCCAGACUAUGUGGAGAAAAUAUCGCGGUAUCUUGAGUCCUCUGUGGGGCAGGGCGAACAGGAUAAAGUAUGUCAUGAACCUGCUGAGGCCGAAAGUGACUCAGGAGACAGCCUGUUCAUAACUCAGAAGCCAGUACCUGAGGCUGUGAGAUCAGCCAGUCCAGGUCGCUACAACCUACGGAAACACCCCAUAUUCCUCUCAGAAGAAAGUGAUGGGGACAGUUCAUCUUCACAUGGAGAAUCCAGAACUGCCAAGCGGAGUAAAAGACAGAAAUGCAUACUGCCAAAAUACAGUUUCCCUUUCCUCUCAGAGAAGAAGUGGAAGCCCACAAGCACUCUGUUACCAGCCCGGCAGAACACGAGCCUUCAUAAUUAUAUGAUGGGAGGCUUCUUUAAAUGUGUCAGAGAGCUGUGGCAGGGCUAUGAAAGAGGAGAUGAUGUGGAGUCAUCUUUACCAACAGUUGACGUGGAUGGGGAUUACAUAUCUCCAUUGUCAGAAGAGGAAGAGGAAGGGUCAGAAGUUGAAGACAUCAAAGUUGUGGAAAGGAAACAUUUUGUGGCGACAUUAAAAGCAAAAAGCCGACACGCCUGGUGCAACCAGUUGAAACAGAAGAAGAAGAAAUCUGGUGAUGCCAGACAGAAACCCUCACAAGGAGCUAAGGCAUCUAUAUCGAGGGCUACACCAUUGUCUUUGGGUACAGUGAGUGCUGAUGAUGGACAGUCUUCUUGUGGUGUUCUGGUCAAGAGGAAGAGAGAAACACGAGAGAUAAAGAGAGGCCUUACCCAAGGAAAAAAGAAGAUUGUUUUUCAGCAAAAAGCCAGGGAGGAAGAGCUGUGUGACGACAGUGACGCUACAGUGUGUGAGCUGCCGAUCCCAGGGCAGUACGUACAGAACGACAGAGAAGCAUCCACAACCGUGACAGAGCCUCAAACUGAUGUUUUCCACACAGACGAUCUGUCCCAAACAGCACAGGCAGAGGAUGAACCUGAAAGCCAAAGUCUCCUCCGCGGUCUCCCAGACCUUAUACGUGACACUAAUAAUGACAGUGUAUGCAGUGAAACCGGGGUUAAGAAGAGGAAAAAGAAGAAAAAAGACAGAGAUCAUGAAAGUGUAGAAGAAGAAAAGAGUCAGGAAGAGCCACAGGGUGUGCAUGCUGCAGCAGAAGAUACUCCCAGUCUGUCUCAGGAUAACAGGGCAGAGCCUCUGGCGUCGCAGACAAGUGAUGAGCUGGAAUUUAAUGAAAGAAAUUGUAUUAUAUCACAAGAUGAUACCAUACUGAGACAGGAGGAGAGAGACAUUCCCGAUUCAAAACAAAAGAAAAAGAAGAGAAAAAAGACUGCAGCAAAAAAUGUCGGACAGGAAGUGGAUGGAAACUUAGAAUUGGAUGUGAGAGUGGAGGAUUCUGUGUUUUCAGCGAGCUGUAACGUGGACAAUAGUGGCAAGAAGAAAAAAAGUAAAAGAAGUGGUGAGGAUGUGGAGCAGUUACAGUCUAGCGCGGUUGCAGAACCUCUAAAUGAUGAUGCUGAGAUACAGAUGAAAAAGAAAAAAAGGAAAAAGGAAGGGAAGAUUGUAGUUGCACAGGAAUGUGAAGGAGAGGAAGAAUCGAAUAGGACUUCAGAUUUGCCACCAAUGUCAACCGGACAGUUAGAGGAAUCAGGAGAUUGUUUAGAGAAGAAUUCUGCAGAAACAUUAGAAUCCAGAUAUGUCAAAAGAAAAAAGAAAAAAAAUAAGCAUCAGUCAUCUAAUGAUGCUACUAAAGAUGGAGAAGAAGUCGUAGAUGUAAACUUCUCUAAUGAUGCUUUAACCUUGGAAGAAAGUACGGGGAUGUCACUGAAAAAGAAGAAAAGGAAGAAGAAGAAAACUAUCUUGGAGGGGGUGGAUAUCUUUGGCAUUCCUGAAGAAAAUGAAAAAGCUGAAGAUGUAGAUAAUACCCAGAAAACAAAGGAGGGCCUUGAAGACCAAAAUGCUGAACUGGUGACUAAGAAAAAGAAGAAGAAGAAGAAGAAAAUGACCAAAAGAUCUAUCAGUAAUAUCUCUGAAGACAGCGUGGCUCAAAGCAAUGAUUCAGUGUCUGCACGUAAAAAGGAAAAGAAGAGGACCUCAUCCUUCCUCAUUGCUGAUGCAGAGGAAAACGACGCUCAGACACACGGGAAACAAAACUCUCAAUCUCAUGUCUGGGGUGCAGAAAAACCUGCCGUCAGCACGGAGGUAGAAUCAGCAGGAAAUGUGGCGGAAUCUAACAGCGGGGUCAGGAAAAAGAAAAGGAGGAGGAAGGUGACCGUAGAGCUGGACAGUGUGGAAAAAGAUCACAAGCUCGAUUUUGUGGAACCAAACGAAACACGUCAGAGUGCUUUGCCUGAAACCACCGACGCAGGGGUGAAAAGGAAAAAGAAACGUAUGGCAAAUGAAAGUGAGUUUGUGGUAGCCCCUGUGGAAAGAUUAGAAAGUGCAGCUGAUGCGGGACAUUUGCCAACUUAUGAGGCUGUAGUGCUGAAAAAGAAGAAGAAGAAGAAAAAGUGCAAAGACGAGCCAUUGCACGUGAUUCAAGAGAGUGCACCAGCUGCCACUGAAGAUGAUGAAUCAGGACAAUCUUCACUGAAUGCCUGCAGCUUAGUUUCACACAAGAAAAGAGGGAAGCAUUUGACCUCUCCUUCGGUUGCGAAGGGUAAAUAUGGACACAGUGCUAGCAGUACUUCUGACCAAGCGACCAAGGAAACACUGAACAUGGUUGAACAUGCCUCACCGUCAUUAGAGACACCUGGAAAUCAGGCAUUACAUCAUAUGAGUGAUAAGAAGAAAAUGAAAUCCAAUGAUAAUGUUCUGGUGAAGGGGAACUCAAUUACCAAGUCUGUUGAGUUAGAAAACAAAAAGAAGGAAAGAAAUAAGCAAUCAACUGGCCCCAGUAUUAUGUCCAGCAGCCCAGUGUUAUUAGAGACAUCGCUCUCAAAAUCUGAAAUGUCGUCUUUAGACCGUAUCACGAAAAACGGGCACAUGAAGGUCAGGCGGAGACUUCUUAAUCCAAGUGAGGACUUUCUCACAGACUAUUAGAAGGAACUUGAUUGAGUUGUAGAUUAAAAGACAGAGUGGUGGAGUUUGAUCAGUAGAGGAAUUCUCCAUAAUCACCUGGACACAAGUGAAGUGUAAAAUGUGACAGUUGUGGGUUUUUGUAUUUAAAAAAAUCUUUGUUAUGUAUUAUGUUUUGUAUCAAAGCAUUUUACUGACUGAAUGGUUCUUAACCUUUCUGGUGUUCAUAUGACCUCUGAACAUAUAAUAACACACCAUAACAAAACAUAAUGCUUACUUUGUUUCAAAAUAUAAGCUAUUAGAUAUUUGGAGGAAAAUAAUUGGAAUCAGUUUGUUUAACCACAUUGUCAACUGACCUAACUGGUAUAAAUAAAAUACCUAGCCUGCCAA